UGAAGGAAGGAGGGGAGCCUUCAAAUUCAGGGUAAAAGGGUUUCGCAGAUCUUGGUCAUGAACCGUGAUUUGCACACCGUACCAAGACUGUGGUGCAGGGUUAACAAAUAGGGUUACUGAGCGCCAGCUGACGUGGAAAGCAAAAAGUGCACGAACUGCAAGAUUGGAGCUGAAGAUAUUUGGGCGCAGGACCAGAAAGGGCCGCAGCAAGGCGUGUGUGGCGACGCUCUCUUCCAUUCUGACCCGGACCGUGCUUGUCCGGUGCUCAGUCACGCAGUGUGCUGAGCUACACGUGCUACGCUAAGAGCCAGGUUAGGAAGAAAGACUGUGCAGAAGGCCAGGUCGAAUUGUGGCGCCUGUCAUUUUGGGCGUCAUGGCGGCAUCUGUCCAGCUUUCCGUGUCCCAAAGCUCGUCUGCCUUUUGCACAUUUAUCAAGGGUGGCAAGGACGCCUUAACAAGCGGGCCACAAAGUAUUGCCCUUCAGAGAUGUGGCAUGCGAUGUCGAACGAGGAUACCAAUGAUUAGAAAUGCGGCAGGAGAAAAGGGUUCAAAGCAUGGGAGCAUGCAUAAGGUCCCCAACGGCAUGCGGCCAACCAAGGGGAACGGACCCUCCUCACUCAAAGCAACGGAUCCAGCACUAGGAAGCGCACAAGCAGGCGAGGAAGAGCCUGUGAUGCAGAAGGUCAAGCUGCCCAAGAUUGAUAUGAAGGCACUCAGCGAUCAAGCAUGGGGCUUCAUGACUCCGCAAACGAAGGGCGAUGCAAAGGAUAUCUUCUACUGUAGUUUGUCGUUUGCCGUGUUGGUUUACAUGAGCCAACGGCUUGUAUGUGCAUAUUGUGCGGUUCAACACCUUUUAGUAGGCAAUGCCGGCAGAUGGUGACUCGAGUUGUGGGAAUCUGGCAGAGACAAAGAUGGUCUGCUUGGUUUGACCAAAUGUUGGUCCUCGAACGAUUCUUUUUGUCUUAGAUCACUCAUUUUGUAUAAUAGCAACCGUUAAGGACCGUGCAAAGUAGGACUGUACAAUUUGAUAUGUGAGUCAGAUGCUGCCCACAUCAGCUGCAUUUGACAAUACACCGUCGACUUUCAGCACCCUUCAAGUGGAGCAUUGUGGAGGAUCACGCCUUCGCAUGGAGGCAAUUCAAUCCUACAGAGUGGGGGUGAUUUUCGUACGAGUCGGGAGAAGCUUAUGCACUUGUAAUGAGGCUGUACAAUUGUCUGAGUUGCUUAUCUACCUCGAUGCCAUGGUCACAUGUUCUUAUAAACCCUGGGCCACGC